AUGACACGCGAAGGCGAUAGCGCCAUGUCCCCUCCUAAUGCUCCAUCGAGCCCCAGUCUACCAUGGCGCAUCGGCUCCUCGGUGAUAAUGGGCCUAACCGGCGCAUUAUCACGGGCGUUUAUCUGCGGGCUCAACAAAACGGAAGUCGUUGGGCUGGACAAGUUUCUAGAUACGCUUGAGAAAAGGAAGGAUGUCGAAGGACGGGAACGGGGAUUAAUUACGGUUUCAAAUCAUGUCAGCGUGCUCGACGAUCCAUUGAUUUGGGGUGUCCUUCCUUACCGCUAUGCAUUCGACCCAACAAACCAUAGAUGGGGCCUGGGGAGUUAUGAUAUUUGCUUUCAGAAUAAAAUUCUUUCAUCCUUCUUCAGCCUGGGUCAAGUUCUACCCACACAUCGGGGCGCAUACUCCAUUCACGGUGGACUCUUCCAACCCACGAUAGGGCAAGUGAUCCGCCUCCUCUCCUCCCAACCGUUCCCCAAAACCUCUACGACCCAGUCAUCUCCCCCGCCAGUUACCGAUCCAUUCACGGCAGGCACCUUGACAUAUUCCACGGAUGGUAGAGACAACUUCCCAGCACCCGCAGCCUAUCUCUCACGCAAACACUCCUGGGUUCAUAUUUUCCCGGAAGGCCGAGUGCACCAGCACCCGACAAAAGCCAUGCGAUACUUCAAAUGGGGCGUAUCACGCCUAAUCCUUGAAUCAGAACCUCUCCCUGAUAUAAUACCCAUGUUCAUUGACGGCCCCCAAGAGCUCAUGCCGGAAGCACGGGAAUGGCCACGCUUUAUCCCCCGCGCCGGGAAGAACAUUCGCGUUGCGUUUGGGGAAAAGAUUGAUGGAGAGAAAGUAUUUGGGGAGUUACGUGAGAAAUGGAAGCUACUAGUGAAAUUACAAAAGGAGGCCCUGGUAAAGAAAGGGGUAGUGAUGGAGUGGGAUAUGGGAGAUUUGACGGAAGGGCUCAAAUAUGGAAAUGAGGCGGUAGCGCUAAGGAAGGAGGUUACGAUGAGGAUACGGAUGGAGGUUCUGAAUGUUAGGCGGAGUCUUGGGUACCCUGAUGAGGAUCCCAAACGAGGCCUUGCAGAAACGUGGAUUGAAGAGGGUGGCAAGGAGACGGGUAAAAUGGACGAUGGCAGUUAUGUGGGCGAAACAUGA